ACUUCAAUUGGACGGAGUGAUAUGGAGGUGAAGGAGAUAGUAUAAGCAGGAGAGAAGGAAGAUACAGUAUAACAGUGGAGAGUGUUUUUUUUUACAGGGGAGAUUGUUACCCUAGGGGGAAGGUGGGUAAUUAUUACCCCUUUUUAAGGAAAUAGAUUACCCCACUAAUUAAUUACCCUUGAUCCAUACUAAAAAAAAAAUCCAAAAAUUUUACUCAUGUAUUUUUUCCCCCUCCCAUUACACCCAUUCCAGGCAUUCCUUCAAAAUAAUGAUGUCAGACUUAGAGCCAAAUUUGCUCUAAUAAAAUGAAAAGCAGAUUUGCAAUCACCUCGUCCACCUGACCUCACCGGAGCGCUGUGUUUGAUGGUUCAUUAUUUCAAUUCGCCCCACGACCUGAGCCCAUUACACGAAAAAAAAAAUGGCAAAAGAAAAAAGUUGCUUCAACCAAGACGGAAAUUAAAACUUCAUAAAACUUGAGAACUUCACUCUCAUUUGUUUGAUUUUCCACUCCAGAAUCCAGAUCUCAUCUGAGAGAAACACGCCAAAAUCACAUUGUUUUUCUCCAUUUCUCCACAUCAAUGGCGGACGAUUAAACUAAACCUAAACUAAUACUCCUCACUCUUUCUCUUUCUCUUAAUCUCUCCUACUUUCUCAGAAACCGUCGAAAAUGGGAGUAGAAAUCGCAAGCGAAGUAUGGGAGCUAAAUCCGUCGUUUUACUUAUUCAUUAUCGUCGCUUCAUUCCUAUCAAUUUUCCUCCUACCUCACUUCUCCAAUCGAACGACGUCUUCUGCUUCCGACACCAAUGUCAUUUAUUCCUCUUUAUCCUUCUUCAAAUUCCAGCGGAAAUUCCUCCUUCUCUAUUCUCUCUCCUCAGUGCUGGAAGGUUUAUGGUUGGUGAACGGAGAGUAUGAAAUUGUAAAUUAUGGACUGACUAAACAGCAGAUGAUAGUGUUGCUAUCUUCUGGAUGUUUAGCUUCGCUUAUUCUCGGCACCUUUUUAGGAAUAUUUUCUGAUGCUUUAGGCCACAAGAAAUUAUGUCUUCUAUUUUCCAUCCUACAUUUGAUCAUGGCUGUGUGGAAAACACUUGCAGCUCAUCCUGCUAUUUGGAUAGUCUGCCUCUGCUUGUCUCUCGCCAGUUCCAUUUUUACGUUCAGUUUCGAAAGUUGGAUGGUGGUUGAACAUGAUAAGCAAGGGUACAGGCAAGAUGCAUUGAAUGAUACUUUUUGGUUGAUGAGUUUUUUUGAGUCAACAUCUUUGAUAUUAAGCCAAGUUCUUGCAAACUGGGCUCUAGGCCAUGGUUCUAUGAGGGGUUUCAUUUCUCCUUCAGUAAUAACUGUGCUCUUGGCAUCUGUCAAUCUUGUUUUCACCAUCAGAGGAUGGCCAGAAUCAUCAGCUAGGGGAAAGUUUAAGGAACAUAGAGCAGCGUUUAUUGUGUUUUUUUUUGGAGAUAAACGGGUAUGGCUAUUGGGAUGUGCCCAAGCUUGCCUUCACUUCUCUGCUGCUGUAUUCUGGAUUUUAUGGGCACCAACUAUAGUGGCUGAUGGUCGUGAAGUGCAAUUAGGGUUUAUGUAUCCAUGUUUUUUGGGUGCAAGGAUGCUCGGAAUCACAAUUUUUCCAUGGACCCUGAGUGGAUUGCUAUCACUUCGUGUCGAAGAUUGCUUAUUGUAUGAAUUCAUCGCUGCUGGGGUUAUCCUGGCUAUUGUAGCAUACGAUUACCAGGAAAUAGGAGUAUUUGUUGCACUUUUCUGCUUAUUCCAGGCUGUUGCUGGCCUUAUAUUGCCAACUAUUGCCCGGCUGAGGACCAUGUAUGUGCCAAAUGAGUUCCGUGCAGGGAUGAUAAGUUUGUCUCUGGCUCCAGCAAAUGCUGCUAUCUUGUGUGUUCUAAUCCAGGGUGGCUAUUACAGGAACGCCAACAAUUCCACUAUAACUGCCUUUGCUGCCCUGGGCUUAUUUUUGGCCGCAGGUUGCAUGUACAUGUUGAAGCAUUUGGGCAAACAGCCUCAUCAGAGCUGGCACAAACAAUGAUCCUAGCAUUGCCUUUUUUUUGAGGUUAAUGCUGAUGGAG